GCCUCAACUGUGCAAGUCCACCUCCUUUUUAUCAGCAUCUUUGCAAGGCAAUAGCAAGCCUUCCUUCCACCUUAGGAUCAGAUGGAGAGACACUCAUACCUCAGUCUUUGUCUGGGCUUAUGGCAAAUCCAGUAAAACUCCAAAAUCGCCUGAGCUCGGAUGUUGCUGAAGGGAAUGUAGCAACAUCUGUUAUGCAAGCAUCCUCUGUCAAACAUGCUGCUAGGAUAAGGUCAUGUCGGGGACGUGGAGCAGGAUCAUGGCUUCAAGCUAUUCCUUCAGCACCAAAAUUUGUUCUAAAGUUCUCAGAAUUUCGUGUGGCAGCAUUUUUGAGACUUGGUAUUCCUUUACCAUAUUCCCAGAUUGUUACCAAGUGUGAUUGUAGUAGAAGCUUUGAUGAACAUGGGUAUCAUCUAUUGACCUGCAAGUUUGGCGGUGGCCCAGUAUGGCAACACAAUACAAUCGUGUCAACUCGGGCUAAAUGUUUAGACGGGGUAAAUAUUCCUCAUCAAGUUGAGCUAAGAAAUAGGUAUACUGACUCUGAUAACAGGCUGGAUAUAACAACAUAUGAUCCCACUGGACACUUGACAAAAGACCUGGACAUUUCACUUACUCAUCCACAUUCUUGUGACACCGUACAAUCAGCUGCCAAAAUAUCAGGUUAUGCAGCUGAGUUGAGAGAAAAAUGCAAAAUGACAAAAUAUGGUCAACAGCAGUCUAUAGCAGGAUCUGAUACAACAUGUAUUCCACUGGUUGUUGAACACUUUGGCUUUUGGGGCCCUAUGACUGAAGACUAUCUCGAUAAGAUCUCCAAAAUUUCAAAAGAUGCAAAUGGCAAGAACAGCGAAACAGCAGACUUUAGAGAUAGAUGGAGAAAGCAACUGUCUGUAGUUGUACAGUCUUGCAACUCUCGUGUGAUUUUUGGAAAGUUGUCAAAGUUGUCUAAGUGCAAUUUUGAUGAUUUUCUGUAUGAUAAAUACGUUCAACAUUUUGUUCAUUGACUUUUAUUGUUAUGCAUACGUAAAGUUGGCGAUUGUUACUAGUAGAGUAAGAGUUCAAAUAUAAUAAUCUGUCUGUCUGUCUGUCUGUGUGUUUGUCUGUCUGUCUGUAUGUGUGU